CGCUGUUCAACACGGAUUCUGCAUUCAUGACCUGGAAAACUGACAAAAAUAUUGAGCUACAGGGCUUUGAAGUUACUUGGACGACAAUAUUUGAUAGAACGCCACCUGUUGCCACAUGCCCUGCGGAUAUCCUGCGGGAGGUUUCAUUAAGUCAAACGAGGAUUCAAGUCUUCUUUACUGCACCUACUGCAAUAGACAACAGUGGACAAGUCCCGACAAUUACUUCUCAAUCUCAUGCAACAACGGAUUUCUUUGACCUUGGUAACACACAAGUUACCUGGACCUUUGCUGAUGCCAAUGGAAAUCAAGAUUCUUGCAGCUUCAAUGUCAUUAUUGUACAAGUUGAUAGAACGCCACUUGUUGCCACAUGCCCUGCGGAUAUCCUGCGGGAGGUUGGAUUAAGUCAAACGAGGAUUCAAGUCUUCUUUACUGCACCUACUGCAAUAGACAACAGUGGACUAGUCCCGACAAUUACUUCUCAAUCUCAUGCAACAACGGAUUUCUUUGACCUUGGUAACACCCAAGUUACCUGGACCUUUGCUGAUGCCAAUGGAAAUCAAGAUUCUUGCAGCUUCAAUGUCAUUAUUGUACAAGUUGAUAGAACGCCACCUGUUGCCACAUGCCCUGCAGAUAUCCUGCGGGAGGUUGGAUUAAGUCAAACUAGGAUUCAAGUCUUCUUUACUGCACCUACUGCAAUAGACAACAGUGGACUAGUCCUGACAAUUACUUCUCAAUCUCAUGCAACAACAGAUUUCUUUGACCUUGGUAACACCCAAGUUACCUGGACCUUUGCUGAUGCCAAUGGAAAUCAAGAUUCUUGCAGCUUCAAUGUCAUUAUUGUACAAGAAACUGUUGGAAACCAGGCACCGCAGCUUUUCAAUUGCCCAGCAUCUGCUUCUGGAGUUUUAAUUUCACCAGCAAACUCAGUUGCUGUAUUCUGGACACCACCCACUGCAACUGAUGAUUCUGGCACACUAGCAAUAACAGCUUCUUUCCAACCUGGUAGUCAGUUUUUUGGUGGUGUAACUACGGUUACGUACACAGCAAGGGAUGCAGCUGGGCUGACAGAUAGCUGUUCAUUCCGGGUCACAGUUACACAAGAGGAAAAUAUACCACCACAAGUGAUGUGUCCUGCAGACAUUCAGCAGACUGUGAUAGUAGGCUCAAAUGGUACUUACGUAACCUGGGACCCUCCUGUUGUAUCGGAUAACUCUGGCACGGUGGUGUUUGUAUCGUCCUCCUCCAGUUCUGGUGACCUCUUCACCGUUGGAGUGACUCCAGUCACGUACACAUAUUCUGACUUCUCUGGCAACUCAAACAGCUGCACGUUCACAGUCACCAUUAACACAGGUACCCCCUGCAACCCAAAUCGCUGUCAGAAUGGUGACUUAUGUGUACCAACAGAUCUGACUAACUACCAGUGUAUCUGCAGAGAAUGCCUUUCAGGGACCAACUGUGAGACAAAAAUGAUCAGCAUUAUCGCUGUGGGCAUACUGCUUGCUUUUGUUGCCUUGUAUGGUCUUAUCAUAACAUUGAUGUACCUGCAUCUCAGACGCUCUAACAUCGCUCUAAAGCAGUCGGUCAGUGACAGAGAGGGCCAGGAACUCGAUCCCUACACGUCCUUAGAUGCAACAACUAUGAAGCAGGCAGCCUACGAGGACAUAAACGCAACUAGAGAUGGAAAUAGAGGCCACACAAAUGCAAUUGAGGGGUUAGAAAAUGAAAAUCAAACAAUAGUGAAGCAAACAAAUGGAGUGAAGAAAUCAAACUUAGGAGUGGCCAAUGGAAAUACUGAGCCGGAGUACGAAUUUAUUCCAUGAAGUACCGGUAGGACACAGAACGAG